GUUAACCAAUUGCGCAGUAAGGCGUUAGUCACCAAAUGGAACGGUUUUCUAGGUUGGCUCUUCUGAAUAGUCAGCCAUCCGAAUUCUUUAAAAAUAAGAAUUUGCUCGAAGUUCUGAAUGACCUUCAGUCUUCGGAAAGAAUACAACAUUAUGAACUAAGGGAUUUGAUACUGUGUGUUGGAAAUGCCAUCCGCAGUUACCCUGAAGAAGCCCUGAAGCAAUUUGAUCUAUUACUUCCCAUUUGUGAUCACCUCUUCGAAAAGUCCUUUUUGUUAAAUGAGCCUACAGCAUGGUCAUUGUUGAAAUCGGUUUUGGAAGAGGUCCUACAGCCACUAGCCAAAACUUCUGUCUCAACUGCCUAUCGUACUGUUGAGAAGUUCCUGGUUCGCAUGCUGAAAAUAGUUUCGGAUGAUAGAUCGGAAUUUGUAGACCGUUGUGAUGUUGCUGCAUCUCUAAAUUCAAUUCUUUCUGGCAUUCCAAGUAAAAAAAGAAACAAACUGUGGGAUAAUUUUAGCUUGAAAACAGCUAUUUCCAGCUUUGGGGGAAAAUUACGUCACCUGGGGGAUUUCGAUCUCCAAGCUCAUUCUUCAGCUCUCCUUCUCAGACUGAUUCCCCGAGAUGACCAGGAAGAGUUUGCGCUAACUUAUAUCACCCCAGAGUUUCCAUCACUUGCACGAAAAUUUUCCAAUAUUGGUGGUAUAAACUUUGAAUUCGAAAUUCGACCGUUCCUAAAUACAGUCAAUGGUGUUACGAAAGUUAAUCCGAAAGUAGUCUCUCUUCCUUGCGAAUCUUUGAAGCUGUGUAAUUUGUCGUUGCAGUGCCCUAAAGUUCCUAAUGAUGAAGCGAAUGUUUUCUGGCUGGACUUCAAUAUGGGUGCCGAUAGAAUCACUUCUUAUUGUUUGAAACCGUCUGAUACAGAUUCACAAAUUUCGAGCUGUGCAUCACGAGGUCAGGCUACGUGGGAAGUUCUAACCAUAUAUCCUGAAUUUCUUGAUUGUUUGAACAUUGAGCUUGCUGAAACAGAUUUAAUCGCCAUGCGUUUCACAAUGACUGAGCGAAUUAAAGAUUUUUGUGAAUGGGCACCAUCAGUUUCUGGAUAUGUGGUUGAAGCGAAAAUUUCGAUGACAGCAUUGGACCAGAGUUUUAUGCAGUUGAAGUUUACAUCAUCCUUUCUUGAGGAAGAAAGUCAAGAAGCUAAUCUAGUCAGUAUUCUAUCACGUUUGCAAUCAUUUCGUCAAUAUCUUGAGAGGAAAUUUGGAAAGACGAUUGAUUCUAAUACUCAGUCUACUGUGAACUGUCAACAUUUUGGUCCCAUCGCAAAUUCGCCUAUAAGUAUAGAAUCCAUCAAGAAUGAAAGUGCAUCUCAAAAAAAUUCAGGGCCAAAACUGAUUGAGAAGUUGAAUCCUAAAAGCUGUAAAAAGCCCAAUACUUCAUAUCAAUCAUCGGUUGCCUAUUCUCCAAUUAUGCACGAAAGUGAAAUACAUCCUUUGGUUUUGAUAGAGAAAGACAUGUCAUUUCAAAUCCAUGAUAAUGUAAGUGUAGCAUCACCCAAAGCAGAGGAAUCUUCAUUUGGUUUUUUUCGUGAAAUUCUUACACCGGUUGAUUCAGUGUGGACAUAUGAAAGUUCGAGUAGUAUUCGUUCAAGGACGAAUGAUAAGCUUCACCAAAAACUCUCUCCUACCAGUAUAAUUUCAAAUAAAAAAACAAUAGAAGCUUAUUUGGAUAAAUCUACACCGGAAAAGCAUCGUAAGGCAUCCUUGCAAACUUCUCCAGUAGUUUCUCUAAACGUACUGGAACCCAUAAUUAAACACGAUUUGAGUAACGUCGAACAAGAAAGCCCUAAGAACACUAGUUUGAUGUAUGCUGAAGCUGCUAUCAGUUCAGGUCCCUGUGAAGAGUAUGUGGAUAAAUUGUCUUCUACCGCCUCAUCUGCUAGGGCUGUCUGCCAAUUGUUGAGUAUGAGCGAAAAUGUAAAUCAACUCAUUACUAUUUCAAAAGAACCACAAAUUCACACACCUGAAGUGAUUUCUGAUAGUUCACCUUAUCUUAGUCCGACUGAAUCCCUCAAAGGUGAUGUUGCUUCAAAAUCCCAAGUUAUUGAGAAACAAUCUGUUUCAAAUUUGUGUGUAACAGAACCUGAUGUAUCAAAACCAGACAGUUCAUUUUCACUUUCAUCUUUCGUGACUGAGGAUUGGCCAAAUCAAGAAGUUUCUUCCUCUUUGGAACCCAUCGCUUUUAAACCUAACACCAGCAGUAAUUCUGCGCUAAUUGGUAAGAAAUAUAGCACAUCGUCAAAACAUUCUGUAUGCGUUCGAACGAAAAAACUUUGCGAUGUAUCAACAUCCUACAUACUAGAUGUUUCACCGGCUGAAGUUACUUAUCCACUUACUCCUGAAGAAUAUACAGUUAUUUCCUUACCUAAACUAUCUGCCAUAGUCCAUCUUAAAGGAAAAUCUAGAACUCGUCUCAAAAAACCAAGUAGCAAACGAGAGAGUAAACAGAAAGAAGUGCUGAAUGAUACAAUACAGGGAUCGAAUAAAGCUGUAUCACCACCUAUAACUGUUGUAACCACUUCACCUUCGCAAUCAAGAGAUUCAGAUCCUGAUUAUCCACCUCUUCGUGUUCGAAAUAACGCAGCACCUUUUACAGAAAGAAGAAGGAGUGCACGAUUACUAAAUAAAGAGGGAAAUGACUUAGCGGCUAAUUCUCAGCUUGACAUGAGUUCUCCAGCACCUAAGUCCGAUUCUUCAUCUCUAGGUUCACCUGAAUUGAAGUCGCCAACUUCAAUUCUUCAAACGUCAAUAAGAACACCAAUAUCCUUCCAGAAGCCUAUCAAACCAACGUCUACAUUUAAAAAGAGAAAAUUCUUUUCUACUACCCGUUCAAAAAGGAAUGAGCUCGAAAAGAAACGUUUUCAGGAAGCAUACGAACUAGUCAAAGUUAAGAAAAAGAGUGUAAAUCAAAAGAAAAAUGGAACCAAAGCUAAAACCCAGAAAAAUAUGGAGCCUAAAAAUAAGUAUCAACUUAGAUCUACGUCUAAGCAUCUUCCAACAGUGGAACAAGCGGUCAAUGUAGCAACUGUACCUAACUCAAUGCCAACUGACAGUGAUCAAGAUUUUGAUGCAAAAAUUGUGGAUCCAGAUAGUGAAACUGUGCAGACAGUUGACGAAGAUGUCAUUUCACCAUCCUGGAAACCGUCUAAAAUAAAAAAACAGAUUGAGCCAGUAUGCACUAAAUUCCAUAAUAAGAAGGGUUCAUCAUUAAUCGUGUUGAGUCCACAGAAUAAAGUAGAUAAAGAUGAUCUGAGUUGCGAACUCUCUCGUAAUCCAAGCAACAAUUCCAGUGCGCCAAGUUUGUUUUCCAUGACUCCUCCAAGACAUUUUAAAACGGAAAAGAAUACUAAGUCUACUCCAAUUUCUAUGUUUACUCCAGUCAAUCUGAUGAACAACAAAAAUAUAAAAAAUUGCUAUAACCGACUACAAAAAGAAAAAUCAUGGAGUGAACAAUCCCAACUUUUAAACGAUACGGAUGUGGAGUCAGGCAGGCGUAUACUGUGUGAUGUAGCCGAAGAAUCGAAGUUACUCGAAGAAACUGUAGAUCAUAGUUACUACAAUCGAUCUCCGUUACAUGACAUUUCAAAUAACUGCGAUCUGCAACAAUCAGAAUCCUGUUCAGUCAUGCAGUGUGAAACGCUUUUACAACAUAUUUCACUGAUUUCUGCACAUGUGGAUAAAAAUAUUCAAACUCAUGAACAACUUGGACAAAGUUGGCGUUUUCUGAAAAAAGAACUUUCAGAUUGGAUGUCAAAAGUUCAGAAAAAUAAUACAUCAUAAUACGGUUGAAUCAACCUAUUUCUACAAUUUAUAUUCAUCUCUUCUACCAAGUUUUCAGUUUUUGUUGAGUUUUUUGAUAAAUUUAUCGGUUCGGUUCAGUCUUUCAUUUCAUCCUCUUUAUCAAUUUAUCCGUUUCAGGUAUUUCUUUGCCUUUCAUAUUCACUUUUUGCAUGUUGAUAAUGUUGAAUUUGUUUUGUAUUUGUCUAGUCUAUAUUUUUGGAUUCAAUUUUGCCUUUGGAUUAAUAUUCAUUGUUUCUUGAAUUAUGCAUUAUUCAAUGUGGAUUAAAUGGUUUCAAUUAAUUUGUUUAAUUUAAAAUAUUUUGAUACUGCAAA